GAAGCGGCCAAUGCGUCCCCCACUCCCUUCGCUAUCCCUCAACAAUCCCAUGCUUUUUUUUGCCCUUUCCAGUUUCCAUCUCCCGCGUCCCGCCCUCGCCCCCGGCCGCCGCCACCAAAUUCCAUCUGCAGCCGGAGCGGCGGCUGUGCUUUCUCUCGUCUCACCACCAACCAAACCACUCCGCCGUUUUCCUUCCUGCCGUCCCCUCCGCCGGGGUUCCUCAACGACUCCGCCACGUAUCACGGCACGCAUUGGCGUCGGUACCAAGUGAACCCCCCUACCCUCCACUCCUUCUCUCUACUUGCUGUUGCGAUCAUCGUCAUCCCAUCCGUGCCGCGUCUUCUGUUGCCUCGCUUUCGUCAGGCUACAGGCACCACUUGCAUCGCGAUAUUUUUUUUUCACUUUUUAUUUUCCACCUCCAAUAUUGUUAGCUAGGGUUUACGAUCCGAAGGUCCGUCGGAAUGAGGCAGCAGGCCCCCCUGCUGUCGGUUAGGCAUGCUGCUGUUGCCUCUAUGGCAGGAGCUAUCUUCAUGUCCAACACCAUCACAAGGGAGCAAUGCUUCCAAGCAAGCAUUUUCGGUCUGCCCUUGGAGUAUCGAUCCUUUGUCAGCCAUGUCAGAAAAGGGAUGCCUUUGUUUCUCUUUGACCAUACUCUGCGCAAGCUUUACGGGGUUUUUGAGGCUGCCUCUGAUGGAGGGCUCAAUAUUAACAGUGCUGCAUUUCGGUCGAUUCACCGCUCAUAUCCUGCGCAGGUUCGCAUCAAUAUUAUUUGGAAGUGCAAACCACUAAGUGAGGAUGAGUUUUUUCCUGCUAUAGAAGACAACUACUAUCAGCCAAGGAAGUUCUACUUUGACCUUUCAUAUGAGCAGGUUGUUCGGCUUUAUGAACUGUUUGGCGACAAGAGGGUAGGACGCCCUAUUCAUGACUAUCCACAAAAUGAGUGUUUGCAAACAAACUGCUCCAGCAAAGGGAUACCUGACAAAGAAAGCUUGACUCCAGACCCUCCUCAUUCCAGCAAUCAAUCACUCCUUUUGGUUCCCAACAUUUCAGAAGUCAGAAGAAGAUAUUCUACUCCUACAAGCACGCACACAGAUUUAUCACUUAAUGUCGAGGCACACCCAAACAUUUCGAUGCCCUUGGGAACUGAAAUUAAUGGAGCCCAAAUUGCUCCCACCUGCAGCUCCCAUCAUGAUCAAACACAACCUUUUUAUCAAAAUGAGUUUUUCCCAGCUGCUUCAAUGACAGAUGCUGUUUCAACUCAAGUAUCUGCCCCGUGCUCUGAAACUACUAGGCACCACCAGUUGGUUGGGCAAUCACAUCCAUUACCACACAACUAUCCACAUAAUAUCUUGCCUGCUGGAUUUACAGCCCAGGGCCCAAUCGACGAAUCUAAAUUUGUUGCAAACCAAUUGUAUCCAUUAUGUCAUGGUUAUAUGCACAAUGGCUUGUUAACUUCUGGAUAUGGAACUCAAAGUCCAACUUACAAAGGGAUGAAUCACUUGAAUUCAACUUUUCCUCCGAAUGACCAAUUAUAUCCUCGUUUGCUAGUGUCGAACCCACAAAGUAACUCUCAGGGUCAAUGUGACAUCUGCUUCAACCAAGGCUGCCCUGAUACACAUGAUGGCAUACAUGCAUAUGAGCAUCGGUGUUUAAGUGAAGGAGAAGUGCUAACAACAGAGGAACUUGACCAACAAGGUAUUCUCACAUGCCCACAACCACAAGUUACUGGAUGCGAUGGGAAAACAGUAUCAGCAAUUCAUCAGCAGAACAUGAGUUCUACUGAUUACAUUCAGAUCCCUUAUUGUGAUGAAGACUUUGAAAAUGAUCAGAUCAAACAUGGUACCCAUGGCAAUGCCUCAGAUUCAUCAGAUGUUGAAAAUGGUAUUGUUGAUCUACGAUAUACACAACAUGCUGUAGGAGCUGAAAACGACACAAAGGAUCAGUGUAGCCUGCCAACAAAAGGUGUAUUUUCUCGCUUGUCAGCGAGGAAGCAACUGACUUCUCAAGAGGCCACUGGUCCUACACUCAACCAAUUGGUUUCUUCUCUUUCUCAGAAGACAGAACAGUGGAGCCACAAAAAUAGACCAAUUGAGGAUGGUCCUGUUAUUCCAUUAAACCGGGAGCAGGCUGUGGACUGUUCUCAUGCGUCGCUGAACCUGCCGAGUCAACUAGAUCUAGAAGAAGAUGUAAGCAUAGAGCCACAACUUCCCUUCUUGAACUUCAAGAGACGCAGUGAAGCAGGGAAGGCGGAUGCAAAUUUAGUAAAGGAGAUCAGUGGGAAAGGGAAGAGAAGAAAGCUUGUGCGUCCUUCCUUUGAAGAAAAUAAUACUUCUUCAAAUGGUGGAGAACAGCUUAAAGGAAAUUGUACACAGGACAAGAAUCAAAACUAUCAGGGAAGUGAGAACCAUUUUGACAUUGACCUAAACAUACCUGCAGCACCAAUAGAGAACAAUCCAGUGGAGGAUAACAGAAUUGCAGUGUGUCCUGGUGUUAUUAUCAAGGUACAAACAGAGAAACCGUAUGGAAUAGAUACAAACAAGGAAAAUUCCUCAAAUGUGAUGGAGACAACUGAAGAACAUGAUCCAUCACCUGCACAAAAGGUUGACACUGAUUUUAACAUCGCAGACUUGAACACAAUGGAUGAAUUGAAACUUCGUACAAUCCUAGAUCAUACAUCAUCAUUGUUGCAAGCACUUGCUAAGCUAAAAAAUGGGAAGUCUGACAACUGUGAACAGGCUACGUCAAGCAUCUGCAUGGAAGAUAAGAAAGUAAACAUGCCAUUGAACUCUGAUGGGGGGCACCAAACCUGAGGGCAAUUAGAAGUAGCAGCAAAGAGGGGAGUCCACUUCAUCUCGAUUGGAAUAUACUCUGUAUAUGCCAGCACGAGAUUCAAGUUUACGUUUACCGUCAGUACAUGUAGCAACAGGUUUAUCUUUCUUCAUGGUAGUAGCAUUUCGUUUUUUUGGGGGUGGCUGUGGGGGGUUAAUGUUCCCGGAAGACUGACUUUUCCUCUCGUUGGAACUUAUACCAACAGCUUCUCGAUAUAGCCUAUGUUAGAUGAAACUGUGCUCUGUCUAAUGCAAAGAUUUUCUUUAAACUUCUGUGUUUCAUGUCUCUCAUUGUUUAUAUACCAACGUAUGCUACUGCAACUUUAGUGACAAGAAAUUAUUGAAUUUUCUGCCAGACCACUUUA